AUGCUCAUCUACGACUCUUCCAAAAAGACUUAUCCUGCUAUUAAACGUCUUGGUCUGAAUGACCAAAAGCGUAUCCUUGUUACUGGCGGUGCUGGCUUUGUUGGUUCUCAUUUGGUUGAUCGACUCAUGAAGAUGGGUCAUUUGGUUACUGUAUUGGACAACUUCUUCACUGGUAACAAACGCAAUAUCGAACACUGGCUUGGUCAUCCCAACUUUGAAUUGGUCCGACAUGAUGUUGUGGACCCUUUCAUGAUGGAGGUUGAUCAGAUCUACCAUUUGGCUUGUCCUGCUUCUCCGCCGCAUUAUCAGUACAAUCCCAUCAAAACCGUUAAAACUAGUGUUAUGGGCACCAUCAAUAUGCUGGGUCUGGCUAAGCGUGUCAAGGCUCGUUUCUUGCUGACUUCUACUUCUGAGGUGUACGGUGAUCCCGAAGUCCAUCCACAGUCUGAAGAAUACUGGGGUCAUGUCAAUCCAAUUGGUCCUCGUGCCUGCUACGAUGAAGGCAAACGUGUGGCCGAAACCCUCACGUAUUCAUAUGCCAACCAGGAUCAUGUCGAUGUGCGUGUUGUUCGUAUCUUUAACACCUUUGGUCCUCGUAUGAACCCUAACGAUGGUCGUGUUGUCAGUAACUUUAUUAUGCAAGCUCUUAAAGGUGACGAUUUGACCAUCUACGGUGAUGGCAAACAGACUCGCUCUUUCCAGUACGUUCACGAUCUUGUAGACGGCUUAAUCCAAUCCAUGAAUAGCAAUUUCACCCAGCCUGUAAACUUGGGCAACCCUGAAGAAUAUACGAUUACCGAGUUUGCCACGGUAAUUCGAGAUCAGGUCAACCCUAAAGCCAAAAUCAUCCAUACGCCUGCUACUUUGGAUGAUCCGCAAAAGCGUCGUCCAGAUAUCAGCCGAGCACAAAAGGAAAUCCAAUGGGAGCCCAAAUUCUCUGUUCGGCAAGGUAUCGAGGAAACUGUCGAGUACUUUAAAUUGAUGUUGGAGAACCAUGAUAUUUAA